GCCACAACCGAAUUUGAGUUGUCCCACAGCGCGGUUUUCGGUUUCGCAUUUGUUUCAUUUAAAUUUGACUCGAUUCACGUAACUUUGUAUUUGGCAAAGUGCAGAUUCGAUGCAUCUGGCCAAGUGAUAGAAAAUCGAUGCGAAAUCGUGAGUUAAUCGAACAAAUUGCAAAGUCAGACCGGAGGGCUUUGCUAGCUGCGCAAUUGUAAAAAAGUUCGACCAAAUCCUACGCACCGUUGCCGGGCUUAAGUGUGGAAGAAAAACAAACAAAAUGGCAAAUAUGCGCCCACCGCAGAAAUCCAAGCUGCUGAAGGUCGUCAUACUGGGCGAUGGGGGCGUGGGCAAGUCUGCACUGCUCACCCGCUUCGUAUCGAACCGCUACGAGGAGAACAAUUUCCAUACGAUUGGUGUCGAGUUCAUGAACAAGGAUAUUGUGGUCGACGGGGAGCAAUACACCCUGCAGAUUUGGGACACGGCUGGUCAGGAACGAUUCCGGGCCCUACGCACGCCCUUCUAUCGGGGAUCGGACAUUUGCCUGCUCUGCUAUGCCCUGGACGACCGGGACAGUUUGAGGGGACUGGGUCUCUGGCGGAACGAGUUUCUGACCUAUGCCGACGUGGAGGCGGAUAAGUUUCCUUUCAUUGUGGUGGGCAACAAGAACGACAUCCUGCCGCAAAAGCGCCAGGUCAGCUACGAGAGUGUCCAGCAGUGGUGCGCGGAGCAGAAGAUUGUCUCCCACAUCGAGACCUCCUCGAAGGCGGCGACGAAUGUGAGCGACGCUUUUGUGCUCGGCCUGCGCCAGUGGAAGCACAUGGAGUGCGUGGCCGAGGCCGAGCUCCGCCACAACGGCGACACCAUCGACUUGACACGACCCAUACGGCUCGUGCAGCGGCGGCUCUGCUGCACAGGAGGUGGUGGCGCCGGGGACCUCGAUAAGGACGGGAAUGGGGAUGGGGAUGGGUAUGACGCCGCCAUGCGCACCCCAUCCAAGAAACUGUUCGGACAGAAGCGCAGUGCACCGAAGGCGCCAGCGACCAAUUACCGGCUAUGAGCACUGAAGCUGUCAGUGAAUUUACGCUUAAUUUAACCACUAGGGUGGCUAGGGUCGGCUCCUAUACACGCUAUUCAUUCCAACCGCAGGAGACGGAGGAGACAAGGAGUCGUCAAAGCACAGACCAAAAAGUAAAUCGAUAUAACGUACAAUUGUAUGAAAUGUACGGAAAAAAUCGAUUGAUAUUCUAAAUGAAGCUAAGGCAUAAAUGUUAGGUUUAAGCUGACCGCCUCUACAAUGCAAACAUAAGAGAUGCAGAUUGCUUGUAUUGAUUGAUUCACAUGUGGUGUACGCACAAUGUUUGGUAUAACAAAAACAAUCUGAUAUUAUUUUUGAUACUAUUAAAUUUAAUGUAAGAGAAGACAACAGACUGGACUGCGGAACAGUCCAAUCAUAUGUUACAAUGCAUGUAUCUAUUAGAUACCAUAGCAGACAUUUGUUAUCCAAUAUAGCGGUUUGAGAAAAAACUAUGACUGUCCAUUAGUUGUCGUCUAUAACUUCAACCUCGGAAAUGGUUGAACUACUAUUUUGCAUUUUGUAUUCCGCUGAUACAAAAACCAUUCGAAUAACGACUAAGAAACCAGUCAUUUAUUAUAAAUAGAUGAAAAUUAAUUCGUACAAAAAUCCACUUGAAGGAAAAGCCACUUACAACAAGGAAAAUAGAUUUUGUAUUUAUUUUAAGUGCCUUAAACAGGAGCAUGACAGAGUGUAUUUUUUUGUUAUAUGCACGGUCUCUGUCCAGGACAUGUACACUGUACCAAAGUGUACGGAUGGUACAUUGAAUCCCUUUGAUUCCAUAAACAGUAUACAAAAAAAAAAUGCUUUA